AUCUGCUGGGUAAAUCUGCGCGUGGCGGGAACCUUAUGCAAGCAGCUGAUUCUUUUGGUGAAGGCGCUGUGUCAAAGUUCUAGGGACGAGACAUUUGAGAUAAUUCACCUGCCAACGCAUGAAUAACAGCUCGCCUGUUGAGAAACAACAGAUCCAAUAUUUCUGCCCAGUGUCCAGCUAUCAUUAUUAGGUGACCACUCACCAUUUAGAAAGCCCACAAUGAAGCUGACCACUGAGACACGGACAGAAUCCCCAGUAAAACCUCUCUCAGAGGAAGCAGAUGAACCCAAAGAAAAUGCUGACAAGCUGAAUAUAAUAACAGGUGCUAUGAAUGAGGAAGAUGAAAACCCAUUUCCAUCCAAGACAGAGAAGACUUCAGAACUCUUGCCAUCUUCUGAUGUCUCUGAACCAAAGGCUGUGGCAAAGAGUGGUGCUAAGGAAGAAACAGCAGAGGAAGAGGAUGAGGACAGGGUAACCCCUUCAAGUCUUCUCACAGACGCUAUGAUAAAGGAGGAGAAACAGCUACAUGAGGAGACAGUAGAGGAAGAACAGAGGAUCAGGACUGAAGGGCACAAGGAAAUAGAGAACUUGAAUGAGAAACUCAAAGAAGAACGUUACAAGAAGUUACAGUUUCUUCUCAGCAAAAGUAACUUGUACACAAAAUAUCUUCUCGAGAGGAUGAACAGACAGCAGCAGGAAGAAGCCAAAAGAUGUGAGCAACAGAAGAAGAAACUAGCGAGAGAAGCAGAGAAGAAGAAACAAGAAGAAGAGAAACAAUCGUCUCAGGAAUCUCUCAGCCAGUCACCAGAUCUCCGUAAAAGUUCACGCAAGGGAGCCAGUCAAGAUACUACUGUGCAGUCACCUAAAGGUCAAGCAAGGACAAAUCAAGCUGGUGCUAAGAAGGGAGCGAAGAGAAAGGCACAGCAGAAGCCACCGGGUGCUGAGGAAAAAGACAGCAAGAGAAUCAAAACAGAUGACGGGCCCCUUGAUAUAGCCUGUGAACCCACCACCCCUGCCAAAGUACCUGCCAUUCCAGAUUUCCUCCUGGGCAAAAAACACCCAGACCAGCCCCUGCUGUGUACAGGAGGGGUGCUGAGGAAUUAUCAGAUAGAGGGGUUUAAAUGGCUGCAGUGUCUGUAUGAAAAUGGUGUGAAUGGAAUUCUUGCGGAUGAGAUGGGUUUGGGGAAGACAAUCCAGUGUAUCGCCGCAGUGGCAGAUCUUGUUAUGAAGGGUGUUAAUGGUCCUUUUCUCAUAGUGGCCCCCCUGAGCACCUUGCCCAACUGGGUGACAGAGUUUGCCAGGUUUGCCCCAAGGAUUCCAGUGGUACUGUACCAUGGCCCUAAGCAGGAUAGAGAGAAAAUGACACGGAAAAUUCACAGAGACUGUGAAGUGGCGAAGAACGUGAGGACAUCACCCGUGGUUAUAACAUCUUAUGAGAUUGCAAUGAAAGACAGGACGGCCAUUUGCAAUUUUGAAUGGAAAUAUUUGAUAGUUGAUGAAGGGCACAGGAUCAAAAACUUUCAGUGUAGACUGAUAAGAGAGCUGAAGAUGUACCGUUCCACUCACCGCCUCUUGCUGACAGGCACCCCACUGCAGAACAACCUGUCUGAACUCUGGUCACUUCUGAACUUCCUGCUACCAGAGAUAUUUGAUGAUCUAGGCAGCUUUGAGACUUGGUUUGACAUCGAGUACAUUAGUGAGUCUGGAGCAGAUGAGAAGAUUGUACAGGAAGAACAACAGAAAAACAUUCUUUCCAUGCUUCACCAGAUAUUAACUCCAUUCCUUUUGCGACGUCUGAAAUCAGACGUGGACCUAAACAUUCCUCCUAAACGGGAGAUCAUGGUGUAUGCCUGUCUGACCAAGGUGCAGAAGGCCUUUUAUGAAGCAACCGUUGAUGGAACAAUUCUCAAUCUUCUGGAGAAAAAGAAGGAGCCAGUGAAGGCAGAGAAAGUGCAGCUGGACAGUAAGGGUCGACCAGUCAGGAAAACCAAGAAGAAAGUCAACUACGAGCUGAUGAUGGAGGCAGCCGAGGACGACAAGGCGUCUGGGCAGGAUCAGGAUUCUGUGGAAGAUUGGGUGUCAGCAAUCAUUGAGAAUCAGGAGAAAACUGCUACAAAGGCCACAAGCAGGGACAGCCACCUUCCCAAAACCUCAGAGAUCACAGUCAAGAUGCAGAAUGUGAUGAUGCAGUUGAGGAAGUGCUGCAACCACCCUUACCUGUUAGAAUACCCCCUUGACCCAAAGACAGGGAACUACAAAGUGGAUGAAGAACUUGUCAAGAAAUGUGGGAAGAUGAUGCUGUUGGACAAAAUGCUGGCUGAGUUAAAGAGGACUGGACAUAAGGUGCUUCUGUUUUCCCAAAUGACCAAGAUGCUGGACAUCUUAGAGGACUUCUGUUACUUAAGGCAGUACCAGUACAGCAGGCUGGACGGCAGCAAGGGAGUAGAGGAAAGAAAAGAACAGAUUGAGGCAUUCAACACAGAUCCAGAGAUCUUUCUGUUUCUGCUGAGUACAAGAGCUGGAGGUCUGGGAAUAAACCUGGUGGCAGCUGACACUGUGAUCAUCUAUGACAGUGACUGGAACCCCCAGAGUGACCUUCAGGCCCAAGACCGCUGCCACAGGAUAGGCCAGACCAAGCCAGUGCUGAUCUAUAGGUUGGUCACUGCCAACACCUACGACCAGAAGAUUGUGGAGAGGGCUGCAGCUAAGAGAAAACUGGAAAAGAUGGUCAUACAUAAAGGUAAAUUCAAGGUGGGCAUGAAGAGCUUCACAGACAGCCUGAAGCCAGUGGGUGCCCCUGAACUCCUCCAACUCCUCAAGUCCAAGGAUCACGAUGAGGAGAUCAAAGGUCGUGAGGGUCAGGUUAUCAGCAAGAGGGACUUAGACAAACUGCUAGAUAGAACUGACCUGAUGGAGAAGUGGAUCAAUAAGAAUCAGGAGCACAGCGCAAACGAGACAAAGAAAGACAAUAAGAAGAAGAGAAAAGAGCAAUAUACUGAUGUGGAGGGAGUGUUCAAAGUUCUAGAGGAAGAUACGGGACGAACAGGAUUUGAAAGUUCAGGAAACUAAGAAUUGAGACUUUGAACCUUCCAUUAUCCUCUUUUAAACAGAGUCUAAUGCCUCCUCACUUCAAAACUUUAACUUUAUUUAUUUAUUUAUUUAUUUAUUUAUUUAUAAUGCUAAAUUUAACAGCUUCAGUAACAGUGCCAUUGCUGACAUUUGACAGUUUAUUAAAAUGCAAUAGAUAUGUGCAUUUUUUUCCAUCUGACAAGAUGUUUGAGAAGAAUAUAACAAUGUUGAUGUUAAAGAGGGACCAGGUUCAUUUAAUUACAAACAAGGACGACACGUAAGAAAUAGACUCUCUAACCUGGAACUCUUUGGAAGAAUUUCAUAUGCAGGGAAAAAGCAUGGCGAUGUUUUUCAUUUCAAAUUUUUGGAAGUAAAAUUGGUGAAGAAUGGUGGCAUAUGUUUCAUUUUCUUGAUUAAAAUGUACAUUUGGCUUAAUUUUAUAAAGGUAGAAUAGGUUCAGUAGACUGUAAGUUAGUGAAACAAUAUGAAAGUUGCAAUAUGAACUGUGGAAUUCAAAAUGAAAGAUAUUGUAAUGGAAGCUGCAAUUCUAGUUUUAUAGGUUUAGAUGUUCAAAGUGUCAGGCUAUUUUGUUUACUGGAAAGUUGUUAUUAGUUGUUAAUUUGGUCAGUAUGGAAAAAAUGGAGAGAAUUUUAUGGGUCAUUAGCUGGAAACCAGACGACAGGUUUCACUAUAUCCACGCGUGUAAAUUUUGUGUAGAAAAUAACUUUAAAACCAUAACAUUAUUUUUGCAGUUCUGAUAUUCUGUAUGUUGAUGCUAGUGAACCAAGUAAAGUAUUAUUCAGAUAAAAA